AUAUUAGGAGUAAAGAAGGGCCUCUUGGUCUGCAACACGAUAAGAAAUGCUAAUCUGUAACCAGUCCUCUCAACAGUCCAGUUUCAGUGUGUUUCCCACAUUCCACAGGUGGCACUGGUGUGUGUGUGAGUAGGAGUGGGAAGGAGAGGAGUCUGCACCCUUUGUACUCUGACCCUCCCACAGCAGUCAGGUUACUCCUGUAACUCCCAGACUUGGCCAGUUUGCGUUCAGAUUUUGCAGUGAAGAUCUAAAAGAGAUGAGUUUUAAAAAAGAUGACGUGGAGCUGGCGGAGUGCAUCAGAAAUCCGGUUUAUCAGGAUGACGACGGCGGCGAGUCCUUGGCGGACACGACCAGUAGCUCGGAUCCCGAUGAGAAGCAGAACUCCACCGCCGUGAAGCUGGACUCGAAUGCAGAGGACUACACGCAGAUCAAACCCUACGCCGGGAUGCCGAAGGAGGUGCUGCUGCUCUAUUCCUCUCAGGCUCGGUACCGAGUGCCUAGGGAGAUCCUGUUCUGGUUGAUGGUGUGCUGCACGCUGGCGCUGUUGGCGAUCACCAUCACCAUCAUCGCGCUGUCCCCGCGGUGCCUGAGCUGGUGGCAGGUCUCCCCAGUCUACCAGGUUUACCCCCGCUCCUUCAAGGACUCUGACGGGGAUGGAGUCGGAGACCUCAGAGGAAUUAAGGAGCAGCUGGAUCACUUCCUGUAUCUGAACAUCAAGUCUGUGUGGAUCAGUCCUUUCUAUCGCUCUCCCAUGAAGGACUUUGGCUAUGAUGUGGAGGAUUUCCAAGACAUAGAUCCACUCUUUGGAACCAUGCAGGACUUUGACGAACUCUUAGCAGAAAUGCACAAAAAGGGUUUGAAGCUGAUCAUGGACUUUAUUCCCAAUCACACCAGUGACAGGCACCGCUGGUUCAACUUGAGUCGAACUAGAGAUCCUCACUAUGUUGAUUACUACGUCUGGGUUGACUGCAAUGCUUCUUCACCAAAGCCAAAUAACUGGGUGAGCAUUUUUGGAAACUCAUCAUGGACUUAUGAUGACGUAAGAGGACAAUGCUACCUGCACCAAUUCCUCAAAGAACAACCAGACCUGAACUUUAGGAACCCAGAUGUCUGCCAAGAGAUAAUUGAUCUUAUUCAAUUCUGGCUGGCGAAGGGGGUGGAUGGGUUCCGGAUGGAUGCAGUGAAGCACAUCCUGGAAGCAGCCCACCUGAGGGACGAACCACAGGUGGAUCCAAACAAACCACCAGAGCUCGUAACUACAGAGUGGGACCUCUAUAGUGACUACACCACCACCCAGCUGGGCUUGCAUGACCUGCUGAGGGACUUCAGGGCAGUGAUGGACACCUACAGUCGUGAGCCUGGUAGAUACAGGUUCAUGGUGACAGAGUCAUAUGAUUAUGAAGAAGUGGACAAAACUAUGAUGUACUACGGAACCCCCCUUGUUAAAGAAAGUGACUUCCCCUUUAACUUUUACCUGCUGGACUUGCCUCAUAACACCAGCGGUACGUGGGCUAAGCAUCUUGUGGAUCUCUGGAUGUCCAACAUGCCCCGAGGAAAAUGGCCCAACUGGGUGGUUGGGAAUCAUGACAGGCCUAGAAUUUCUUCCACUGCUGGUCCGAUCUAUGUUCGUGUUAUCAACAUGAUGCUGCUGACCCUCCCUGGCACACCCACCACCUAUUAUGGGGAAGAAAUUGGCAUGGAGAACAUUAAUGUAACAGACAGUCAGAUACAGGACCCUGCUGGCAAAUACAACGCGAGUGCCAGUCGUGACCCUGAGCGGUCUCCAAUGCAGUGGAACAGUGACAUGAACGCAGGCUUCAACAACAAAACCAACGUCACUUGGUUACCUGUACACCCUGAUUAUGACAGCGUCAAUGUGGAGGUCCAGAAAAAAGAAGAUGGCUCUGUGUUGGCUCAGUAUCGUUUCCUGAACAGCCUGCGUCAGUCAGAGCUCCCCUUCCUGCGUGGGUGGUUCUGCUACAUCCAUGCAGAUGCUAAUGUCUUCUCAUACCUCAGAGAGCUUGAUGGACACAAACAAGCUUACCUCAUGGUGCUUAACUUUGGCAAACAAUCUGCCACCACAGAUCUAUCUUCUAUUCAUGAGUUACCCGACCAGUUGAAGGUGCUGAUGAGCACAAACCCAGUUCAUGAUGGAAAAGUGUUUCCGAAGUCUCAUAUCCAGUCGGAGACUGGAGAGGGUUUGCUGAUUCAGUAUUCGACCCACACUCGGUUUCAUCCCAAUCAUCCUGCAGAGUGCUACGUCUCUGAGAAAGCUUGUUAUUUGGAGAGUGUUGGCAUACUUUAUAAAUGCUGA